AUAUAUAGGAGCGAAGAGCCGUGAAAAUCUCUUCAGCAUCUCCUCUCUUCUGGUCUCUGUUUUAUGUUUUUCUUCUCCGACGUCCAUUUUUUUUGUCUUUAACUGUAUACACACUCGUUUUUUGAUUUGCACAUAGAAAAUGAAGGAAAACUUGAUGAAUAACCCUCUGCAUCUCAAGUCUUUGAAUCACAUCUCCAUUGUUUGUAGAUCACUGGAGAAAUCUCUCGAUUUCUACCAAAAAGUUCUUGGGUUCUUUCCUAUCAGGAGGCCUGGCUCCUUUGACUUUGAUGGUGCCUGGUUGUUCAGCUAUGGCAUUGGCAUACACCUACUGCAAUCUGAAGAUCCUGAGAACAUGCCCAAGAUUAGCCAAAUCAAUCCCAAGGACAACCACAUCUCUUUCCAAUGUGAGAACGUGGCAACAGUGGAGAAAAAAUUGAAGGAUAUGAAGAUAGAGUACGUGAAGAGAAGGGUAGAAGAGGGUGUAAUCUAUGUUGAUCAGAUAUUUUUCCAUGACCCAGAUGGCUUCAUGAUCGAAAUAUGCAACUGUGAUGUUCUUCCUGUCAUUCCACUAGCUGGAGAGGCAAUUCUAUCAUGCUCACUCUUGAACUGCAAUGUCCAACAGGAGCAGAAAAAGCAGAUUCAAAAGGCUGUGCCGAUGAACCCUUCUCCGCCUAAUAUUCACAUGCAGGAAGAUUAUCUUCCUUGUGCCUGAUAUCUCUAUACAAUUGCAUAGUGAAUGUCGUGGUCCAGCUCCGCCCCAGUUAUUAGGCAGUAGUCUCCCUAUAUAUAUGGACUUGGACCAUAUAUGAUGAUGAAGAUAAUUAGUAAGUGCUUAAUUAAUAAGUGCUUAAUUAGUAAGUGCUUAAUUUGUUAAGAUAAAUUGCAGAUGUUGAUUUGGCCAAGUUGAUCAAGGGCAAUUCUUUAUUUACUUAUAUAUACUAUUGUCUUUAGUGGGUGAAAGUUUUGUUGCAAUUAGUAGUAUUAUUUGUAUCUGUCCACUAUGAGCUAUAUAUAAAUAUAGCUAUGUUUUUUUUUU